AUGUUAGAAUUAUCUCCUACUACUUUGUUUUCUACAUUUGGAUGGCCCUUAGAGGAACCCAUAAGCCAUGUACAAAACUACAGCUUUAGAGAUAGCGAAACUCCAGAGUCAUUUGCUCAUGACAUCCUUCCAUCUCAGCCAGAUAUAAGAGAGCUUGAUCGCUCCACAUCAUUCACAGCCUAUAGUGGAAGUGGUGACCUUAACAUGGCUAAGAAGCUUAACCACAACGCUAGCGAACGUGAUCGUCGCAAGAAAAUCAAUAGUUUGUAUUCUUCACUCCGUUCUCUUCUUCCAGCUGCUGAUCAAAUGAAGAAAUUAAGCAUACCGUCCACAGUUUCACGUGUGCUUAAGUACAUACCGCAACUUCAACAACAAGUGGAGAGACUGAUUCAAAGAAAAGAGGAGCUCUUAUCAAAUUUAUCUAAGCAAGAUGAUUUAAUUCACCAAGAAAAUCAAAGAAACGACACCAUCUAUAGCUCUUUAUUAUCGGUAUCGACAAGCCGGCUUAGUGAUAGAGAAGUUGUGAUUCAAAUUUCCACUUACAAACUCCAUAAAAGUCCAUUAUCAGAAAUCUUGCUUAAUUUAGAGGAGGACGGAUUUGUUCUAAUAAAUUGUUCUUCUUUUGACUCCUCUGGAGGCAGCGUCUUCUAUAAUUUACAUCUUCAGGUUAUGGAAGGAACUUACACAUUAGAGAGUGAGGGCUUGAAUGAGAAGCUUGUGUCCUUGUGUGGGAAGAGAGACUCAUUGUUUCCAUAA